AAUCCCGAGGACUCAAGCAACACUUGUUUUAUAAGCACCGUCUUCUUCCUCUGCGCUUCCGUUCGCACUUAGCAAUAGCAUCUCUCUUGUGCCCAGCGAGUCUUUGCGUUUCUCGACCAAUCCGCGCCAACUGUUUAAGCUGGGCUAGGGUUUUAAGGUCUCGAAUCGAAUUGGUAUACAUUAGAGAAACUCCCAGUUUGGACUUGUGAAAGUUGAAACCGCACUGGUCUGAAUCUGAAAACGAACAAAAACUCGAAUUUUGAUUAUUUUCGGCCUGUCUUCUUCGUACGAAUCGAAAGCGUUGAAGCUGAAUUGGUAGGGCGGCAUGGGAUUUGAUAACGAGUGCAUAUUGAAUAUCCAGUCUCUUGCCGGGGAGUACUUUUGUCCGGUUUGUCGUCUGCUUGUUUACCCAAAUGAAGCGCUACAGUCGCAAUGUACUCAUCUCUACUGCAAGCCCUGUUUGACAUACGUUGUGAGCACCACCCAGGCUUGCCCAUAUGACGGCUACUUAGUGACAGAAGCAGAUGCCAAGCCACUUACUGAGUCAAAUAAGGCACUCGCUGAAACCAUUGGAAAAAUACCAGUUCAUUGCCUUUUCCACAGGAGUGGAUGCACAUGGCAGGGACCAUUAUCCGAGUGCACACCUCAUUGUUCUGGAUGUGCCUUUGGAAAUUCCCCUGUAGUAUGCAACAGGUGUGGAGUCCAAAUUGUACAUCGUCAAGUGCAGGAACAUGGGCAAACUUGCCCUGGUGUGCAGCCAGCGCAGCAGGCACAGAGUGCUCUAGACACUUCAGCUUCUGGCACAUCAGCAGCUACUGCUGAUCAAACCCAGGCUGCGAUUCAGACAGGAAUACCUACAUCUCAGGCCUUGGUUUCUCAAACUACAACUGCACCUGGAUCUGAUCCAAAUCAGAAAGCAAACUCAAGUUCUCAAUCUCAAGCGGAUGUGCCGUCUGCUGACCAAUGGUACCAACAGCAGCAACCAUAUCAACAGUACUACCAGCAGUAUCCUGGAUAUGACCCAUAUCAACAGCAAUAUCAGAACUACUAUCCAUAUCAACAGCCAGCGGUUCCACAAUCACAGCAGGCUCAGCCACCAUAUGGGACUGUUCAGAAUCAACCUCAGACAUACUUGCAACCUCAGCCCCAAACUCAACUUUCGCUACAGCCUCCAAUUUCUCAAGCUCAAGCUCAACCACGACCCCAAAUUCAGCCUCCAAAUGGCCAGGCUCCUAUUGCGGCUCAAACUCAAAAUCAGGUACAAGCCAACCAACAGCAGCAAGUCCACCCUACAGUGCAGACAUACCCAGCAGCUCAUGGGCAGCAACAGCCAUAUUACCAAGCUCCACCCCAUUCACAACCUCAUCCUCAACAGGUGCAAGUGCCUCCAUAUCAGCAGCCCCAAAUUCAGCAACAUACCCAGGCCCAGCUCCACCCACAGCACCAUUCCCAUUCUCAGUCUCAACCUCAGCCACAGGCACAAGCUCAACACCAACCCCAACUUCACCCUUCUCAGCCCAUGAAUGCUGCUGUCCAGCCUCAGGCACAUCCAUCAUCUCAUGCUGUGUCUGGAAAUAACUCGUAUCCCCCACCUCACCUUUACCAGCCAGUGCAGUCAGGAGCCCCACAACAACACACCAUGCACGUGCAAUCUCAAGGCAUGCCUCACUCUCAGUUACAGACUCAUGUUCAAGUACAGGGUCAGCUCCCUCAACAACCCCCACUUGUGCGGCCACCCUCGUCUCUUACAACAAUUCCAAACCAGCAGCAGCCAGCUUUGUUGCCUUCACCUGGUCAAGUCCAAAACAUCAAACCUGCACAACAGCAGCCAGUUCCCUCUUAUGCUCAGCAACCUGGAAAUUUGGUCUACCAGCGCCCGCUUAUGCAGGCAAUUCAACAACCGAUGCUUCAGCAAUAUUUCCACCAUCAGGCAUACGUACAGCAGCAACCAUCUACACAGUUACGUCCGCAGGGCCAAUCUCAUUCAUUCCCUCAACAUAAUCAUGCCUCUAUGCAGUCUCAGCAGAACAUUGCAUUGUCUCAGGGCAUUCAACAUACUCAGUCUAAUCUUGUAGGAAGGCCUAUGAUGCCAAGUCAUGCAGUACAACCUCAGCCCUACGCACAAACUGCUGGGCAAGUGAGGCCAAUGCAUCCUUCUGUAAACCAUCCAUCUACAGAUCAGAAUAAUGUUGUCAGAACAAACAACCCAGUGCAAUCUGGAGCAAACUCGAGGCCAACUAUGUCUGAAAGGCAAACUGAGAAAGAAUCUGAGUCAUCAAAUCAGAAGGUUGCAAAUGGCGAUGAACUUAAAUAUGUCAAUUCCGAGAUGGGUAUGAAGUCCGCUGAUGAUGAGCAUAAACCUAGUGGUGAAGAUAAACCUAAUCAGGGGGAUACAUCUUCUAAGGAGAUUCCAGAAUCUAGGGGCUUGCUGGGGGCAGAUCCAGAUUUCCAUGCACUUGAAAAUGGAGAGUUUGUAGGUAACCCAACAUUGAAGAAAGAAGGUGUGGAUAGCACUAUGGAGCACUCAAGUAACGGUAAGUUGGGUGAAGCUGUAGCUGAGGUUGCAAAAGAAAUCUUAUCGGAAGAAGCUCAACUUCGUGAAGAACAGGGUCAAAGGUUGCAGAAGGAUGAGGGUUCGCAAGCUGUAUCUACUUCAGCUCCAACUGGUCAGGUACAAGCUGGUGGCUCUGCACAACCCUCACAUCCUGUACCAAUACAUCAUGGACCUACUAUACUCCCCCAAAGGCCUGGUGCACCCCCUCCAGGACCUCCACAUCAUACACAGGGGCCUGGGCACCCCUGGACUCAUUUAAGACCUCAGCGACCUUCACAUGUACCCGGACAACCUUUUCAUCCAUCCGAGCAUUUGCAGCUACCUGGUGCCAACCCAGGUUUUGGACCAUCUUCUGGAAGGGGGGGAGGUCAUUAUGGUCCUCAAGGUGUACUACCUCCUUCCCAUACAGGGGCUCCCAGGAUGCAAGGUGAACCUGUUGGAGGCCCUCCAUUUGGUGGAAUGAUGGCAAGAGCAGCACCAUAUGGCCCUGACGGUCCUAGGGGUCACCAGCGGCCUGCCUUUCAAAUUGAUCAGGGAGCAAUUGGACAGCCAUCUGGAAUCCCCCCAAAUAUGUUGAGAAUGAAUGGAACUCCAGGCCUUGACCCCUCAUCAACUCAUGGGUUGAGGGAUGAAAGGUUCAAGGCUUUUCCAGACGAGCGAUUGAAUCCCUUCCCGGUAGAUCCAACUUUUCGUGGUAUUGACCGGGUAGAGUUUGAAGAUGAUCUCAAGCGAUUCCCUAGGCCUUCGUAUCUGGAUUCUGACCCUGUUUCAAAAUUUGGGAAUUCUUCAUCAAGGCCAUUUGAUAGGGGACCUCAUGGGCCCAAGUAUGAUAUUGGUCAGAAUACAGAUCCUGUUGCUGGAGAUACUGGAAGAAUGGAGCCUUCUCGCAGUCAUCCAGAUUUUGUUGGACGACACCUUAUGGAUGGUUUGGCUCCCCGAAGCCCAGUUAGAGAUUACCCUGGCAUCCCAUCUCAUGGGUUUAGAGGCUUUGGCCCUGAUGAUUUUGAUAGAAGGGAAUUUCAUCGGUUUGGUGAUCCACAUGGAAAUUCAUUCCGCGAAGGUAGGCUUUCUAAUUUUUCUAGUCAUUUUCGUCGGGGUGAGUUUGAGGGCCCUGGUAAUAUGCAAACUGUUGAUGGGCACCCUGGUCAUCCUCGGAGGGGAGAUCAUUUGGGUCCUCAGAACUUGCAUAGUCAUUUGCAUUUGCGAGAACCUAUGGGUUUUGGUGAUCGUCAUUCACGCCUAGGAGAUAUGACUGGGCCUGGGAACUUUGAAUCAUUUCGAGGCAACAGGCCAAGUCAUCCACGUCUUGGUGAACCUGGAUUUAGGAGCAGUUUUUCACUUCAAAGAUUUCCAACUGAUGGAGCUUACACAGGAGAUCUAGAGUCUUUUGAUCACUCAAGGAAAAGGAAACCAGCUAGUAUGGGAUGGUGCCGGAUAUGUAAAGUUGAUUGUGAAACAGUUGAAGGCUUGGACUUGCACUCACAAACAAGGGAACACCAGAAGAUGGCGAUGGAAAUGGUGUGAAGCAUCAAGCAGAAUGCCAAAAAGCAGAAACUAACCUCUGGUGAUCAGUCCUUGGUAGAGGGUGCAAAUAAGUCAAAAAGUCCGGCUUUGAAGGCCGAGGAGAAAAGCAUUGAUGGAUGAUGGUGUGCUGCAAUGUGGAUCUCUAUGGUUGCAUUUCACUUGGGGACCAAUUGUUUCUUUGGUAUUAUUGCGUUAGCAAUAUAGGUGAUGCACCCUUCCAUGCCUCUUUUUUCUAGAUUCGGGGUGGUUUAUGCUAGUUUUGUCAUUUCAGGUUGCUGCCAUGUUAAUGGAGAUGGUAUUUGGAACUGGAGUUCAAUGGCAGUUAAGUUUGUUGUUUUUGACUCUCAAGUUUUCUACUUUCACUCGGAUUGUUUUUUGUUGACCUUGUCAUUGUCAAUCCAAAAGUGGUAUAUUGCUAUCACUUCCUUUUGCAUUUGGUACCAUUGAGAUGGCAUUGGUUUAUAGCAUAUGGGUAUGUAUGCUUGACUCUCUUAAUCUUAUAUAUUAAGUUUAUUCAACUGGACCGGCAAUGUAUUAAGUUUAGUUUUACUGCUCUCAGAUAUGUACUUAUGGUUAUAAAGGGUAUCAUUGCUAAAUAGCUCUCAAAAGGUUGAAACAAGGACAUUACCUUGAACAUUGAAGCUAAUUUAAACUAAGCAUUUUUCUUUAUGCUCUAGGUAACUUUGUGAAUUUUACAUUAUUGUCAAUCGUUUCAUUUCGGUUUCUACAAGAAUAUCUGUUUUAAAUGUAAGGAGACUUGUGCCCUCUGACCUGCUUCAUCAUUUCUAUUAUAGGCAACUUUUUAUAGUAUGAUAUUGUGUAAUCAACCUGAUCCUUGGUCUUCAAUCUAGUAGAGAGUGGACCGACCACAUUAAGCAGAUUAGUUAUCACUAACAUUUCGUCAUAAUUUUACCCAGUAAGUUGGAAGUGUUAAAGUAGUUUUUACUAAAAGAUGAGGAUUUCUGUAAUGCGAAUGAACUUAGAGAGAAAUAAGUGUCUAUCUCUAUUCUUUAGUACCACAGUAGGCUUCAAGACUAAAUAUUUAAAUUGUAUAGGCUUAUAGAAGGCAAUGACUGGAGUACAUUUUACUAUUUAGAUUAUACAGGAUUUUGCAAUCUGAUUUCUAAGAAAAAGUGAUAGAAUUUAAGGAAUUAGGUAUGUUGGAGCCAUGAUAAAUCAUAUAUCCAGUCUUUUCUUUUUUAUAGUAGUUAGCAGAGACGGCCUCGUGAUAUUGCUUGUUGGACUGCAGCAUCUAUUAUAUUAUUUACUGUUUUGGUGGCUUGUGAAUCGACAUUUAUUUGAAGGAUAUUUUGUUUAGCUGAUAAACUAUAGUGACAAGUAUUUGGAAUAUCGUCAACCUAAUUGAAGAAUGUGGUCUGCACAAUUCAUCUGUAUAUUAUUCUGCAGCUUGGUCUUGUGCUAGUUGGUGUAGGACAGAAGCGGAAGCUACUGUCUAUUUGCUGUAGCACAGCAAAACACACUAGGGAGUAGAGAAGACAAUGUGCUAGUUGGUGGCUUGUGAUCACUGAACAACAUCAAAACAACAAAGAAAACAAUGAGAUCCUUAAAAAGAUAGAAAGAUUACUGUCUAAUUUUCGGAAUAACAGACCAGCAUGAAAAGUCUCGUAAGGGUAGAUAUACUAGGGUUACAUACAUCAUCCUAGCCUUGAUUACUUCACUAUUCAAUUGGGCCUCCAAAACUUACUUACAAACUCACAAAACUAGCGCAACAAAUUAAAAAGACUAGGAGUAGAAGCACUACUAUCAUCUAGAAAUCAGCAUAAGACAUAAAGAUAAAACAAGUCAAAUAAAAGGUAAAGUAAAUACCAAAACUAAGUUGGCUAGCCUUUUAAUCUUGGAAAGCCUUGUAGAUCUUAUCUUAUUGUUUUACGUUUGGGGAAAGGCUUACAAUUUCCUAAGUUCAGUUUUUAUCGUUAUUGUUAUUUGUUUUACUACUGACUUGACUAUUUAUUCUUAACACUGUCAUGUAAUUUUUAGCGUGAAAGGUCGAUUUUGUUGUUGAUUUUUCUUUUUGGUGGAAUUUCUCUUUUUCUAUACUAGAUCUUUUCAAUUCGACCCGUCUUUUUUUGGCGAAGGAGACUCCAUAAGGGCUGAAAGUUUAGCGGAAAAGGUUUACUCUGUCAUCUGUUUUUGAGGUGGUAAGGUUGUGUUUGUUGGCAAAAUUUGCUUCUCAGCGUUGAUUUUAUAACCUGUUGAUAUGUUGGGAUUCAUCUGUUUCUACAUAUUUACGAAGAGUAUAUUUUCAUCUUUCGAAGCAGUAGGAUAAAUCUUAGGAAACCUUAGGAGACUGGUAAAAUCUGAUAACCUUCUAUACACUAGGCAUAUACUUAGAUCCUAACUUUAAAGGGCCACAGGCUUACAUUUAAAGAUGUCUACUUGGAUUGUUAGGGUUAGGGAUCAUGACUCAUCAAUUAUUUUGCAUCAGGACAGUUUGAUGGAUAGUUUUCUUUGUAUUACGAUCCCUCCUGAAAUAUUUUUCAAAAUAUAAAAGUUCAGUAGCUUCCCCCGAAUUAGUGAAUUAGGCAGGAUCCUUUUGUACGGAAUAACAAAGCAAAGAGCGAGUCAGGAUAGUUUUCUUUAUAUUACCAUCACCCCUGCCAUUGGCGGGCAGCACCCCAAGCACACCACAUUCUUAAUGCUUGUCUUAUACGUUCACUAACAAUAAAUUUUAUUUUGUUUGUAUGCUGGCUUUUGAAUGAAUUUUGCAAUUAUUGUCCCCUUGGGGUAUAGCAAACACUUCCUAUCAAUUUUCCAUGCGUAUAGUUUUGGGUUUAUGUUGAAUUUUUGAGGCAGCCUUGCUGGUUGAACUCGAAUAUUUUUAUUUUUUCUAUGUUGGUAGCAAUAUUCUUGUCUAUUUUAAUACCUGUAUAGUCUCUCUCGCUCUCUCUCGCUCUCACACACACACAAAAGUUAGACAAUACAUCUUUUCACUCUCACCUACCACUUUAAUUUUCUUGUUUUCCAUCAAAGUUUGGGUGGUAGAGGAAGGGAAGAAAUGGCGUGUUUCGUCCUUCUCUUUCCUAGUUUCGAUUGUGAAUGCAGUAUACCAAAUCUUAGUUUUGUUCAACAGUAUUACCAUGAUUUCUAUGAAUAACUUUAGGCACGAUUCAAACCCUGAAUUCUUUAUAUUAUUGCACGUAAUAAUAUCUGCCUAAUGCUAACCCUUCCCUUGUAUAAUCCGGAAUAUAGCAACUUAAAUACUAAAACACAACUUCGGAAAUCGCUUAGAAAAUUUAUCCUUGCUUUCAACAACUGUCCUUACUCUAGAUGCUUUAGCCUGUACAUGAACAUAAGCACCGAAAUGUUUGAAUUUGAUUGAUUUUGUCAGCUGUGUUUGAAAUGUAAUCGCCAUUGAACCAAUACUUGUCUCGGAAAUACACUUCUUUGCUUAAAAAUCUAUGACGGGGUCGUAAAGGAACAAGAAUAGCACCCUGAUGUGAUCAUAGUAGCCUUACAAAGGAACAAGAACAACAUAAAAGAAUAAUACGAAUAAUGGCGAAAACCUGGUUAUUUUGUUCGAUGAUUCCUAACGAGCUUAAAUGUUUGAUAAAGAUUGCAGUGUGAUGCAGGGAUUCUAGCAUGAUUGCAGAGUCAAUGUAGGAUGCUUGCUUGGCAAGCGGUAGAUCGGACGGUUAUUCGGGCGAUGGAGACUCCUUACCUUACAAAUUUCAUUGCCUUUGAAGGCAUUUUGCUUAAUCUGCGUUUUGUUUUGCAGUGAUGGGUGUAUGGUAUGGUUGUAAGCUUUAAUUGUUUGAUUUUCUGAGACAUUCUUGGGCAAUGCUAUAUUAAUAUUUUGUUUUAACUGCACUUCUAUUUACUUCC